GGAAAUGAAGACGUUUGUUUUAAUAUGUUUGGUUUUGAUUUUAGGCGUUGUGGAGAGCUUUACGUACCAUGAAAAAGAGCUCGAAAGCGAAGCGGGUUUGGAAGCGAUGUACGACCGGUGGAGAGCCCACCACAACGUGAAAGAAAAGAGCGAGGAGCGGUUCAAUGUUUUUAAGUACAACCUGCAACAUGUUCACAAGACAAACAAGAUGGACAGGCCAUAUAAGCUGCAGUUGAACGAGUUUGCUACCAUGACUAACCAUGAGUUUGUUCAAACCUAUGGUAGCUCAAAGAUUGGGCAUAAAAUGGCACUCAGUCCACCUCGCAAGCUGAAGGGGGCGUAUGCAUGCCCCGAUUUUCAAUAUGCCAAUGCAACUGAUCUUCCAAAAUCAAUUGAUUGGAGGCUUCGUGGCGCGGUCGCCCCCAUCAAGUCCCAAGGGCCGUGCGGAAGUUGUUGGGCGUUUGCUACAGUUGCUGCCGUGGAAGGAAUAAACGCUAUUAGAACGGGGAAAUUAGUAUCACUAUCUGAACAACAAAUGAUCGAUUGUGACACUGAUGGAAGAAACGAGGGGUGUGGUGGAGGGAUAAUCGAGGAUGUAUUCACUUUCAUCACUGAAAAGGGAGGAAUCUGCACGGAUGCGAGCUACCCUUACGAAGGUCAUCAACACUUUUGUGAUCCAAACAAGUUUGGUCAUCACUCGGUCACAAUUAACGGCCAAGAGAGAAUUCCUAGCGACGAUGAAGUGUCUAUAAUGAAAGCAGUUGCACACGGCGGGCCUGUAACGAUUGCCAUAGAUUCUCAUGGUGAAAAUUUUAUGUUCUACAAAGAGGGAGUUUUUACCGGGCCAUGUGGAGAGCAGGUCUACCAUGCUAUGACAAUUGUAGGAUACGAUGAGACUUCCGAUGGAGUACCGUAUUGGAUCGUUAGAAACUCAUGGGGAGAGGGGUGGGGAGAGAAGGGAUACAUACGUAUGCUACGAGGACCUUCAGCUCCACAACCCAGAGGGCUCUGCUUCAUAAAUGGGUUCCCUAAAAUGCCUAGAAAGGACCCUGAUGAACCCAAUAAUGAACUCUAGAGUAAGUUAAAAAUCUAAAUCAAAGGGUUAAUAACAUUCUGUUGCU